AUGGCCCUGGAUAUCGCGCUGUCCAUUACACCGGCGCAGGCUAAUUGGCGGGUGGGGUCUAGAGGCGGCCGCUCCACGCACCAGGCGUUGCCGCAGGAGACUGGCGAAUUGCUAGCGCCUGCCUCAGCGCAACAAGACAUCUGGCUGGCGUGGGUUGCAGGUCAAUCGCAGGCUCUGCUAGAACAAGCCGCUAGUUGGUGGGAAGGAGAGGGAUUCGUGCUCUUGUAUUAA